GGUCCGGGGCCGCUGACCCGGGCCUCGUUGCCGCAGCUGCCCUUCGCUGGGCCAAAGAGGCGCGCCGGCCACUUGGCUCAGGGCUGUGGAUCGCGCCCCGUCCGCCGCCGCCGCCGCCGCCGCCGCUCACCGUGCGCCCCCCCAUACCCGCCCCUGCUUCGGGACUGGCACGGCGGGCAGCCUUUGCUCAGGAUACGCGCUCCAGUGUUCGUUCAUCCGCGGGCGCGACGUAGACUUCCCCCUUACCCCCCAGUCCGCGACAGGUGCUGAUUUUACGGGGAGCCCGAACUCUGCCCUCCAGAUUCAGGCUGGUACAAAACUCAAAACAUGAACAACGAUACAUAUUACCAAUGUUUAAAGCUGAUUUGUCUAUUAUUGGAAUACAGUUGCCUACAACAUACUCUAGAGGAAUUAGAAAAGUCAAAGUAAUGGAUAACCGAAAAGAGCCUCCAUUCUUCAAUGAAGACAAUGUCGGACCAUUUUACUACAAACUUCCUUUGUAUGAUACAAUGGAGCUUUUUAUUGAAACAUUAACUGGAACAUGUUUUGAGCUGAGAGUUUCUCCUUUUGAAGCUGUUAUUUCUGUGAAAGCAAAAAUUCAAAGAUUGGAAGGUAUUCCCAUAUGUCAGCAGCACUUAAUUUGGAAUAACAUGGAACUGGAAGAUGACUAUUGCUUAAAUGAUUACAACAUUUCAGAAGGUUGUACCUUGAAGCUGGUAUUGGCUAUGCGUGGUGGGCCUAUAAAUACUAGACGAGUUCUUAUGGAAGAUCCACUAAAGGAAAUGGCUGAAUACCUGGAUUCCAGUCGUGAUGAGGUCUGGGAGAAGUCCUCCUGCAACAAACAAGUAACAUUUUUGGUAUAUCGAGAAGGAGAUCAAUUGAAUUUCUUCCGUGUAAUAGAUAGGGGAGAUGGCACUUUAACACCAUUAUCUGAAUCUUUAAGUGGUGGUUCUGUGUAUAAUUUAUAUACGGAUGAGGAUGAAGAAAUUGAGCCUUCUCCUUCUGGGCAGCAGAUAAUUGAAAAUUCAAUAACUAUGAACAAGAUGAAGCUACUUAAGGCUAAGAUGGAGAACAUGAAUCUCAGCAAAAAGCCUAAGAAAGCUGUCAAAGUAAAGCCUCGGCCACCUGUAGCUCCUCGGCCGUCUAGUGGUUCCACCGCAACAGCUCGCCACAGAUUGCUAAGGGUCCUCCCCCACAUUGGGCAACCUUGUUUACCUUCUCCUGGGAAUACAUACCUACCUGAAAAGUCCAGGAAUGCAAUUUCACAUUUGGCACCUCAGCCCUCUGCUGAUAGACCCAUAUCAUCUGUCACUAGUGAAUUUCUUAAGGAAGAUGGUAACUGGGAGAGUAACACACACCCUCAUGCCAGUAGUAGCAUCAGACUACCACCUCACAUUCUCCACCUGGACUUUGAAAACGAGAAAGAGCGUGCUGAUUCUAUUUUCCAUCUUGGACCAUCCCUUAUUGGGCGGACAAAACACUUUUCAGGAAACUUGACAUCUAAUAAUGAGGAUGACCCUGUCUUAUUUCCAGCUUCAGAAAAGUGUGUAACUGAAGAAUCACUUCUACCUGAAGUGGGUUCAUUUACUUCAUUUACAGAAAGAAAUGCUGAAGAACAGAACAGUGGCUCAGAGGGCACACGGAAGGUAAAUCCAGAGUUCUUACUCACUAACAGUGAUAAAGGGUUCAGAGCUACAGAGCAGCAUUUUAAACAUGUUUCAAGAGUACUGAGCAGUGAAUCAGUAGAGACUCCUGUUCUUAAGCACCGUGAAUUAAGUCCACACAAGAAUAGACUCUUGUCACCUAUCCGCUGUUCUGCACCAAUGCCGCUACAUAGUUCUUUGGUGAAACCACAGAGACAGUCCAAAUGUUUUGAGUCUGGGAGCCUUCACUCUUCUGCUUCACAAAAUGUCCUCCAGUCAUUGGAUGAUCGAAACAUAACUGAUUCUUCUUUCUCUAGGACUACUCGCUUUCGAGGUGUUAAAGUUGAUUCACCUGGGAAAAGAUCUGAUAUUAUUUCCAAGGUUGAGGCUCGAGAUAUCACAGAAAUGGCUAACAAGGCUUCCAAAGAGCCUGUUGGUUGUGUAAAUAACCUUGGUUUUCUUGCUUCACUGGCUCGGAGCACGAGCAGAGACAAUUUACAGAGCACACGUGGAGUGGGCAGGCUUCGGCCCUCUGCAAUGGGGCUGCCUACAAACCUCCAGCAUUUUCAGGAAGAAAGCCUUAGGAAAAGUUCCCCCCAGUUAGAACCUACGGAAUUUUUUCUAUCUGCCCGUGGUAUUGGAAUGAAUGGAAAUAAUGCAGCAGCGGGGAAAAGAAUAGGAGAAUGUACUCAUCACCUCCCACCUGUGAAAGCCCCAAUUCAAACAAAGAAGAAAACAACAAAACAUUGUUUUCUUUGUGGAAAGAAAACAGGACUGGCUACUAGCUACGAAUGCAGAUGUGGAAACAACUUCUGUGCAUCUCAUCGCUAUGCAGAAACUCACGGCUGCACCUAUGAUUACAAGAGUACAGGGAGGAGAUACUUGCAGGAGGCAAAUCCUGUGGUUAAUGCACCAAAACUUCCAAAAAUCUAACUUCCUCUGCAUCUUACUGUUCUGCCUGAGGAAUCGUAUUAUAAUGAAAGAAGAAUAUUGUUUAGACUGCAUUAUUUUUGCUCGACUCCAAAAGAUUUGCUAAAUAACAAAAGCAUAUAAUGCAUAUUGUUGGAGAAUGAGAAUGCUACUGUAUUUGCCAUCUUUAUUCUUUGGUGAAUCAAAAGUUUUAAAAGUAGUUUUAAAAACUUUAACUAUAUGAUUUAGUUUUGUUAUUGCAUGUCUUGUGUUGUUUUAUAUUUGAUAUUGCAGUUUUAUUAGAUAAGUCUUCAAAAGAUGCACUUUAGGAAGUUAAUAUUGACUGUUUAACCAGGCUUCCAUGCUGUACAGAAAUCAGUGGUCGUGUAAUAGCUCGAGUCAAAAUGACGGCCAUGUUUUUUCUUUCUUUCCUUCUUUCCUUUUUUCUGAUUUCCUUCUCUUUUUCCCCCUCUCUCCUUUCUCCCUUCCUCUUCAGAUCCCCUCCCUCCUCCCUCCCUCCCUUCCUUCCUUCAUUCUCUUCCUUCCCUUUCUCCUUCUCUUUCCUUCUUUUUUUGCAGAGGUUAAGUGGGUGGGGAUUUAAAAAUAUAUCCCAUGAGCCCAGGUGUGAAAAUUUAUUGGGUUUACUAGCAAGUUCUUUUUUAUUUCAAGCUACUUUUAAUAAAAAAGAAAGUUUUCUCAUGUGGUUUUUAACACAUAUAUUUCUUCUGCAUUCAUAUUGGCAUUCAGAUAUGUACCCAUUCUAUAAAACACAUCAUGUUAAUAGUAUAUAUUUCUUAAAAAUACUAUUUUUGAAUGGUAGGUUUAAAGUAGAUGUCCUACUUAUUGCUAUUAAAUACAGAAAGGAACAUUUUCUUUUUGAAAAAUGUCUAUAUUUAAAACAAAAUCUCACAGCUUGAUUUGUUUUUCUUACAUGUUGAGUGCUAUUACAAGGAGAAAUUCAAAUAAAUAUUCAGUUUCAUUAUGAGUUCGAUUAUUUGGUUAUUUAUAAGAAUUUUUCAUUU